CUUUUAAACAUUUAACAACUGGAUAACAUCAAUACACAACCAACCUCCUUCUGUACUUCAUGUUGUGUGUGUACUGUGGGGACUUAAGCCAGAUUAGAUUUACAAUGUUCAAAAUCUUUUUCCUUUUGUUUUCUCUGGCCCCACUCUCCCACCCACAUGCUCUUCUCUCUCUUCCUUUCUCAUAGGGCCAAAUAUUUUCUAGCCUAUAUUUUUGACUCUUUUAACAUUCCCUCAAUCUCCACUCCAAGCAAAGAAAAACACACAAGACUUACAGAGUCUUAGGAAAACUAAGAUAUAUCUAUGGCUAUGGAGUUAGAGCUUGAUGAUGAUGUCUUCUUUGCAGACAUAAGCAAACAGAUCUCUCUUCUCAUUAUGGAUGAAGAUGAACAGUUAAACCCUGUUUCUCUCUCAACCUCAUCACUUGCGUUCCAGGGCAUGUUCAGAGGAAGCUACCAAACAGCUCCUUAUAUGUAUCAUCAAGAACCAAGCAAAGGAACCGGUGUGUUCAUUCCUAAAUCUUCUCAGUCCAGAAGAAGACCGCAUCAUCUGAACCAAGUUAGGUUUAUUUCCUUCAACGCCAAGCAGCAAAACACUCUCCAUCAAAACAAACAACAGUAUCAGGACAACUCAAGGUGUACUCGCACAACUCAUAACAACAACAAGAGCAUCAUGAUCACUAAUAAUGUUCAUGCUUCUAUCCCUAGAAGAACCUACAGAGAUGCAGCAGCUAUCUACACUUGAUUAUUUUUUAACAAAUAUUCUGCAUUAUUCAUCGUUUUUGUGUGAUUGAUUCAUAUAAUUAUAUAUAGAUGCAUAAGAUUUAUUUAUUUUUAGAUCAGCAAAUAAUAACGAUUCUUCCAUAAGGAAGGUCUUGGAGAUUUGUUCCAAGUUUGUUCUUGUUUUAAUGUAAUUCUUUCAAGUCAUUUAGAGAUAUUCACUGACUUAUCUCCAUUUGUAAAAUAUGUUCAAGGAUUAAAUUUAAAAUCAACUUGUGAAAAUCC